AUGAAUGAAAAUGAAGGAAUAAUAAUAGAAAAUAUUAAUAAUGAUAGUGGUAGUACAUAUUUAAUGAAUAUAUUAGGUAUAUUAAUACCAAUAAAGAUAGUUGUUACAAUUUAUUUAUUUUCAAAAGCAAGAUUACCAGUUGGAUUUGCAAGAUAUUUUGGUAGGUUAUAUCAUUUUAUGACCAACCCAAUAAGAUUAGGAUUACAAAUUGCAGGUCUUAGAGGACCUUUCAUAAGUCAAUUGGAUGAUAACGUUUAUUUGGGUGCAAUGCCAAUGGGAUCAGAUGUAACAUUACUAUUUUACAAAUAUAAAAUCAAUUCAAUCGUUAAUCUUUGUGAUGAAUAUCAAGGACCAACUCAACAUUACACUCAAUAUGGUAUGCAACAAUUGUAUGUGCCAGUGGUUGAUCAUUUCGAACCAGAUGUUGAAAUCAUUGAGAAAUCAAUUCAAUUCAUUUUAAAACAAAUCGAAUUAGGAAAUCGUGUUUAUAUUCAUUGUAAAGCUGGUAGAGGUCGUUCAGGUGCAAUCGCAAUCUGUUGGAUAGCUUACUCAAGACGUGUUUCAUUAGAAGUUGCUCAAAAAAUUUUAUUAGAAAAAAGAAAAAUAGUUAGAAAACAAUUAUAUAAACAAAAAAAUGUUAAUCAAUAUUAUUCAUCUUAUUGUUUAAAUAGUAAUAUUAAUUCAACAACAUCAAUUUAA